AUGGCUGGGCCCUCAUCCUCCACCAAACCCUUGACUCCUCGACCAAACACGAAGACCAAUGUGCGAAAGGUCAGCUCCCAAGGGGCAAAUAAAGAACUUAGUGCAAAGGCCCCAGGAAAAGCGAACGGAAGCAUAUUGAACUUCUUCAAAAAGGUUGAGGCGGACGACGAUGGAGGCCUCUUUUUGUCUGGAGGCAGAUAUGAGGUUUCCCCGACAAAGAAGGCAUUAGCCAUACGGCCACCAACACCAGAUGACCUUGGUGGUGCUGCCUACGAUGAUUUAUACAGUGCCCCAGAUGGCACAGAGCGAUACAACGAGUCGGGUCACUUAACAAAGAGGAGGAGAAUCAGCGACGGCCAUGCAGAUACACUGCCAAGAAGUACGGGCACAGGGGUUCCCUCUGGGGGCAAGCCGCUGGCUAUAGAAGGUCCAGAAGCAUUGUUACAUGGCACAGCCGCGAGGGCGGAAAUACUAGAGGCGUGCACUCCCCCGCCACCAGACGCAGACAACCCUCAGCCAAGGCGGAUAGGUGCAUUCCUCGAUGACAGUGACUCGGAAGAUGGCGAAGCUCUUGUGGGGCUUGACGUGCGAAGUCAAACAAUCCAGGAUGCAGCAGUUAAGGCCGAGAUUGCUCUUAGCACCGAAGGGCUGCUGGAUAUGAGCAGAAUGGCAAAGCCGAAAGCAGGUGACCACAGUGACCUUCUCGUAGAUGUUCCAGACGUCCCCAUCGAUCAUUCAGCAGAUGGAGAACCAAUACCCCCCCUCAAGCCAGAAGAGACGAGCUACGGCGAUUAUGGUGCGUUUGAAGAUAUGGACGAGUACCCCGAUAUCGAAGACGAGUUUGCUUAUGGCGAGGAGUUCAUGGAGAGGAAGUGGAUGGAAGAGCAGGAAAAGGUCGAAAGCGCAGACGCAAGCGAAAUAAACGGCCCCUUCCUGAGUGAUAGUUUCAGAAUUUCUGACGAGUCCUCAAUCUCUAAAUGCCCGAUUUGCGAUUCGGACCUUGGGGGAAAUACUACAGAUGAAAUUACGAGACAUGUCAAUGCUUGUUUAGAUGGACUAACUCCGACCAAAGAAUCUACAGUAUCGAGGAUAAAGGUAGAAUAUGGAAGCGACCGCUUUUCAAAGGCAUCUAUUGCAAGAUCCGGACAGGCAAAUCCGUUUCAGCUGGACAUUCCCGACCCGUCGACAUCGUCAGCCUUCUCCAAACUGAUGUCUUCAAAAGCAGAGGAUGCCGCCUGGGAAAAUGCAGCUGCUGCCGAGAUUUCAGCGAAAGGCAAACUAGCAUACAAGCGCGUCUGUCCAUUUUACAAGAUUAUGCCUGGCUUCUACAUUUGUGUUGAUGCCUUUCGAUAUGGGGCUGUUCAAGGGUGCAAUGCAUACUUUCUCAGUCACUUUCACAGCGACCACUAUAUUGGCCUGACAGCUUCGUGGUGUCACGGACCGAUCUACUGCAGCAAAGUUACUGGCAAUCUGGUCAAGCAGCAGCUACGAGUUGAUCCCAAAUGGGUUAUUACCCUGAACUUUGAGGAUAAAGUCGAAGUGCCGAAUACACAUGGGGUCAGCGUUACGAUGAUCCCCGCCAAUCACUGCCCAGGGAGCUCAUUAUUUCUCUUUGAGAAAGUGGUAAGGAAAGGCCCUAACCCAAAGGUCCAGAGGAUACUCCACUGCGGUGAUUUUCGAGCAUGUCCUGCCCACGUGGAACAUCCUCAACUAAUGCCUGAUAUCGUUGACGCGAUUACUGGGAAGACGAGACAGCAAAAGAUUGAUGUUUGCUAUCUCGACACUACGUAUCUCAACCCACGAUAUUCAUUUCCGUCACAAGACGAGGUUGUCCAGUCUUGCGCAGAUGUUUGCGUCAGUAUGUCCAAGGAUAAGGGGGAUAAUGCGUGGGAAAGAGCUGGGAAAGACCGUACUGGAGCAAGCAUGGGGAGGUUUGUGGACGCUGAGGUGAAGUCCAAGGACUCAGCGACCAAAGCGGAUCCGAAGAAGCCCCGAGGUAGGCUUCUCAUCCUCUGCGGAACAUAUAGUAUUGGGAAAGAGAACAUUUGCCUGGGUAUUGCACGCGCGCUAGACUGCAAGAUCUGGGCGCCGCCGAGUAAACAAAAGACCUGCGCUGCGCUCGAGGACCCUGAGCUGUCGUCGCGGAUGACGACCAAUCCCCACGAGGCACAGAUACACAUGCAGUCGCUGAUGGAGAUCCGCGCGGAGACCCUGCAAGAUUACCUAAAUGGAUUGAAGCCGCAUUUCUCACGGAUCGUGGGCUUCCGGCCGAGCGGGUGGAACUACCGCCCGCCAAACUCGCGGCUCGUUGAUAGUCCGUCCGUGGCUGCCGUGCUCACAGGUGAGAACUGGCGCAGCAGGUAUACGAUGGCAGACCUGAAUCCACAACGUGGCAGCACGCACGAGGCUGCCUGUUUUGGCGUGCCGUACUCCGAGCACAGCAGCUUUCGGGAGCUAACGAUGUUCUGCUGCGCGCUACGCAUAGAGAAAAUCGUGCCGACGGUGAACGUUGGGAGUGCCGCGAGCCGCGCUAAGAUGAAGGUGUGGAUUGAUCGGUGGCUGAAAGAGAGGAGGAAGAAAGGGGUCAUUCGGUUUGGGGAGGGUAAAGACAUGGUGAAGUGGUGA